AAUUUUACGUUUGAUGAUACGGUACCGGUUGACAUGGACUCCAUAUGUGGCUCCUGUAAAUUAAAAUAUAAGCUUACAUAUAUUUAUUAUAUAUACGUGUACAUAAAAUUAAAGCCCACACACGUGCAUCACACCAGUAUCCAAUCAAACCAUUACUUUAUCGUAGUACGCAUUGUGGUGUCUGUGCUCUGUGUGUUGAGGCGGUUUCUAACAGGGCGGAGCACUUCCAUGUCCACAGUCCUCGAGCCUCACUUGUAACGAUUAUUUAAUAAAAAAAUAACUGUACAGUUAUAUUAUAUUCGGUAAAUAAAAUUGUGCAAUACAGCAUCAAGUAGCGGAGCAUCAUCAAUCACGUGUCUCAGGAUCUCGAACUAUGGAGGUCCUGACAAAUAUAUCCUCGAGUUUUUGGUCUCCUGACAUUUGGUUGCCACCAAAUAUAACGUGGGAUGAUAUUAGUCCUAAUUCGGAAAACAAGUAUGCGGACUAUCAUCACCUUUUGUAUCCAUUGCCGAUGGCCCUUGGCCUCUUGUUAGUCAGAUACGCUCUAGAGAAAUUUAUUGAAUUGGUUAUUAGAUACUGCUUUGCUCCGUUUGGGAAAUCACUGGGUAUCAAAACAUCCAGAUCGAAGAAGGCACCACCAAAUGCGUUGCUGGAGAAAGCCUACAGCAAGAGGAUAAAACACAAGCAAAUAACGGCUCUAGCUAAACAACUAGACUGGUCUGAAAGACAAGUCGAGAGAUGGUUACGAUUAAGACGGUCUCAAGACAAACCUUCGACUCUUACCAAAUUCUGUGAAAACUGUUUCAGAUGUCUCUAUUAUACCCUUAUAUUCAUCUACGGACUCAUCGUCCUCUGGGACAAACCCUGGCUCUGGGACAUAAAGUACUGCUACUACGGCUACCCGUACCACGCGGUGACAAAUGACGUCUGGUGGUACUACAUGAUUUCAAUAUCUUUCUACUGCUCGCUCAGCAUUUCCCAGUUCUUCGACGUUAAAAGAAAAGAUUUCUGGCAAAUGUUUAUCCACCACAAAGCCACCAUUAUGCUCAUGAGCUUCUCCUGGGUCUGCAAUCUCACACGGAUCGGUUCUCUUGUAUUAGUUAUACAUGACUGCGCUGAUAUCUUCUUAGAAGCUGCUAAGAUGGCUAAGUAUGCUAAUUAUCAAAAAACUUGUGAUGCUAUCUUUUCUAUUUUUACUAUUUUAUGGUUGAUAACACGGAUGGUUAUCUAUCCAAUGUGGAUUAUUUACAGUACAUCAGUAUCGGCACCCAAAAUUGUAACCAUGUUCCCAGCAUAUUAUAUAUUUAAUUCAUUAUUAAUAUUACUGUUUGUUUUACAUACUAUUUGGACCUACUUGAUUUUAAAAAUUGCCUACAAUGCAUUCUACGCCGGUCAGAUGGAGGGCGAUAUCCGCAGCAACAGCAGUGAAGAGGUUUCUGAUGAUAAUCUAGUAAAUGAUCUAGCAAACAAUUCAAGUAAUCAUUUGAAAUCGGAAAAACAGCACUAAUGUAAUUGGUAUUUAAAAAAAAAGAAAAAAAGUUUAGCUGUUAAUUUUAAAAUAUAUUUAAACUUUUAGGUAGUCGAUAAAUUUACACAAAUGGCUUAAAUGAUCAAUUUAUUAAUAAUGAUAAUAAUAAUAGUUUUUAAAUUAAUAAAUUUAAAAUAUUUUAAAUCAUAAACUUUUAAUAUUAAUUUAAAAGUUAACGAGAUAGCUAUCAAUUUAAUUUUUUCAAAGUCAAAAACAACUUACGCUUCAUUUUAUUUAUUUAAACCAAAUAUGUUCACAAAUAAAUUUAAAUAAUAAUAGUAAUAAUAAUAAUAAUAAUAAUAAUAAUAAUAAUAAUAAUAAUAAUAAUAGUAAUGCAACAACUGAUGGUAUUAAAAUGAACUGAAAGUGUUAAAUGAUGAAAAAGUAAAGUGUCCUGAAUAUAAAUAUUAUUUAUAUUCCGACGAAUGUAAAUUACUUAGCGAUGAGUAUUAAUGUCAGUUAAAACAAUUGAAUAAAUAAAAUAAAAGUACUAAGUGCAUGUGAGAUAAAGAUGGACGAUUUAAAAACUAUGUUGUGCCAGAAUUUUGGAGUUAUAUAAGGAAAUGUAUUUAAUGAGCUAGUAAUUGAGGAUGUACAUUAAAUUAAUGAGACAGAUUAACGGAAGAAAAUAUACAGUAAUGAGGAUGUAAAUAACGUAUGUAGUUUUAGUUAACAUCAAACUAUUUUUUUUGUCUCCUGUGAGUUUUUAAAGCGUUAUUAAUAUUUAAUGACCUAAAUUAUUUUUUCACAUCAAUAAAAUUGUUUUAAAUUAUUAAUAUUUUGCUAUUUUACUUUAGCUGUUUUUAUCUUUUUUUUUUUUUAAAGGUUUUCAUUUACUUUCACUUAUUUCACUGUAAUUAGAUCCAAUUAGUACUGAGUCAACACAUUCCAAGUUUCUUUUCAAAGCCGUGCAAUGCCUGAAGUUACUUGACUAAAUUAAGCCGCUGUAAAAAAAAAUUGAAAAAUUUAGUUUUAAAUUGACCAUGACAAUGUUUAUGUUGUUUAUUAUUAAAUAUUUUUGUUUGCUAAUUAGUAAAUUAGUUAAUAAUUAAAUAAAUAAAUUGUGAAAUUUGUUAAAAGGUAAUUAGAUUUGUAUACAAGUGGGAUUAGGUGGACGAAUGUGUUUGCAUAAGAGUCCUUAGCGUAAUCUUUCAAUAUGUAAUUUGCGAUGAUUAUAAUAAAAAACAAAUGGACACAAAAAAAAUAUGUAAGAAUAAUGUCUUGAAGACGGUUACUUGUAAUUUGCGUAAUCUGCAAUUUCUCAUACGUCAUCCUUUGUAUGUUACUAAAACAAUAGUAGUCUUAUGAAACAACAAAAGAAAAAAAAAUUAACAAAAUAUUUAAUAACUUAAAAAAACUAUAUGUAUGUAUGACUGUAAAAAUCAAAUGAAAUAUUAAAUGUACUUGAUAUUGAAAUAAUAGUAAUCAUAACUUACUGUCAUUACUUUCUACGUAUUUAAAUAAAUAUUCGUCCACUUUUUAUUAUAAAAUGAAUUUUUAUU